AAAGCUUCCAGAUUUCGGAUUCCCCGCGCUCGCAGUUUCUGCAAUGAGACGAAGCUUGGGAAAGUUUUCAAAUCCCACAACGAUCGGCAAUGCCACCAAACCCAUUCUAAUUGCCUCUCCUCCUCCGCUUCCUCUUCGGCUUUCUCCACCUCGGCUAGCGGCGGCGGCGGCGGAGGAGGUGGAGGCAGAGGCCGGGGAAGGGGAGGCUCUCCUCCCGACUUUCAAUUUCCAGCUACUGGUCCCCCGGGCAGAGAUGAAUCCAAAGAUAACAACAACCAGGAUGGUGAUGAUCCCAAACGCCCUCAAGGAUUAGGUCAUGGUCGCGGUAAACCCCUCCCUUCUGAUCCAGCUCUUCCAUCAUAUUCUGCCUUCAUGUCUGCCAUUAGCAGCGGCAGUAGAUCAGCCACAGGGCGCGGCAGAGGCACCGUCCCUCCUCUUUCGCCGUCUCAAUCCGAGCCCCAGCAUUUCGGGCCGCCCAAGAAACCUGUUUUCUUUACCAAAGAGGACGUGCCCCCCUCGACUACGCCAAUUGGCGAUGCCGGAAGAAAUCCCCCAGACGGCAACCUCAGUUCCGGUACUUUGUCACCGAUGUCUGGUGGUGCCGGCCGUGGGAAACCCCCAAAGCAAUUGCCUCCCAGUGACAAGGCCGUGCAGGAAAACCGUCACCUCAGGUCUCCGCAGCCCAGUAGAGGGGGAGGUGUUGGCAGUGGCAGGGUGUCUGCUGAGGGCAGUGCAAGCCCAACCCCGAAGUUAAGCCGCGAGGAGGCCGUCGUAAAAGCCAUGGGAAUACUGUCUAGGCAUGGUGCGUCUGGUGAGAGAGCGCAGGACGGUGGGAGAGGGGGAGGGGGUUCUAGAGGGAGAGGCCGCGGCCGAGGGAGGGGCCCUCGGGGUUGGAGAGGGAGAGGUAGAGCUAGAGAUGGCUUCGUUCAAGAUGCUGCCGACGACGACUAUGGAGCUGGUCUUUAUCUUGGUGACAAUGCUGAUGGUGAGAAGUUGGCCAAGAGGAUUGGAGCUGAGAAUAUGGAUAAGUUGGUAGAGGCAUUCGAAGAGAUGAGUGGUAGAGUGCUGCCUUCUCCUAUGGACGACGCGUACUUGGAUGCCCUCGACACAAAUUACUCGAUAGAGUGUGAGCCUGAGUACAUGAUGGAGGAGUUUGGUACAAACCCAGAUAUUGACGAGAAGCCCCCGAUUCCACUUCGAGAUGCACUUGAGAAGAUGAAGCCAUUCCUGAUGGCUUAUGAGGGAAUUCGAAGCCAACAAGAAUGGGAGGAAGUUGUAAACGAGACAAUGAAGAAGGUCCCUAUUAUGAAAGAGCUUGUGGAUUACUAUAGUGGACCUGACAGAGUAACUGCUAAGAAACAACAAGAGGAGCUGGAAAGGGUUGCAAAAACCCUUCCUGAAAGUGCACCUGCUUCAGUAAAGCGGUUUUCCGAGCGUGCAGUUCUCUCACUCCAGAGCAACCCUGGCUGGGGAUUUGAUAAGAAAUGCCAGUUCAUGGAUAAGCUUGUGUGGGAGGUCUCACAGCAAUACAAGUGAAACAGAGUCUUGUUAUCAUUGAAGGUUAACUUGAGGAUUUCAGCUGCUGCUGCUAAUGCUGAGGAUUGUUAUUAUUAUUGUAUCCUUACUUCCUUUGCUGACUUGAGUACAGAAAUCAAUUUUUUUCUUUCUCAAAGAUCAUUUUGGAUCUUGUUAUCAGGAAUAAGGAUUUUGGAGGGCAAGUUGGAUCUUGUUAUAAAUUUUUGUUAAAGGUCAUUUUGCUGUGGUGAUAUCCAGUUGUUUUGAUCAAUUCAAACAGCAUGGCUCAUUACAAGGGAAACUUUUUGCGGUGUUGUUACUUUGGGAAAGUGAUUUAUGGAGACCAAGGAAUAACAUUGAAUUAUAUUAUAUGUUUGA